ACAAUCAGUCGUAGCGAUAGAGAAGAUUCAGGAGUUUAUAAAUGUCUAGCUGAAAACGCAUUUGGUCGAGCUGAGCAUACUAUUAAUUUAGCAGUUCAGGAAAAACCAGAUCCUCCAGGUCAUGUGGAAGUUGUAGAAGUUGGUAGUAGGAGUGUAAGGUUAGCAUGGCGACGACCCUUUGACGGAAACAGUCCGGUUAUUGGAUAUUUAGUCCAACAUCAACAGAUAGGAGUGGGUCAAACUCGUUGGGAAGCCGGAGGAGAACAGAAUAUUACCCUCCCUGCAAAUUCCCUAGAGGUAGAAUCUGAAAGUGCCAUCAUCGGUGGUUUAUACCCAGCAACAGCUUACAAAAUCCGCAUGCUGGCAGUAAACGGAAUCGACCAGAGUAACUUCGCAGAUGAAGUAGUAGUGAAGACCCAAGAAGAAGAACCGUCGGAACCACCUUCAGACGUGAGAGUAGAAUCUGUAGGUUCGGAUGAAAUUUCACUCUCAUGGCAAGUCCCACCAAGAGAAUCAUGGAACGGUGAGUUAUUAGGGUAUAUAGUUUCAUGGAACCCGCAAGGUCAACCUCCGAAUGGAACCAAAACAACUACAGUCAAAGGAUGGGCCACUACCAAAGGACAGAUAACUGCUUUGAAGAAAUAUACCAGAUAUGAUAUCACUGUGAGAGCAUUCAAUAGUAUAUCAGUAGGACCUGAGUCUGGAACUAUAGUGGGUACUACCAAAGAAGGUGUUCCUGAAGCUUCCCCAAGGGAGAUAGAAUGUUCCCAGAUAUCUUCGCAGAGUAUGAAAUUAUCAUGGUCACCACCAUCAGCUUCUCAACAUGGGGGGUUCAUACAAGGAUACAAGAUAUACUACAGACCUAUAGUAACUGAUGUAAAUGUGGAUAUCCCUGCUUCCGGUGAAAUAAAACGCACGCCUAGCACAGAGACAUACCUCCAUGGUCUGUAUAAAUACACAAAUUACUCCAUAAAAGUCUUAGCUUACACGGGAGCAGGAGAUGGAGUCCUAAGCACUCCAAUAUACUGCACAACAGAGGAAGACCUACCAGGACCACCUGCAAAUAUCCGCGCAGCAGCCCUCACAUCAGAAUCUAUACUAGUCUCAUGGUUACCACCAGUCAAACCCAACGGUCGUAUCAUUCUCUAUACAGUAUACUACAGAGAUGCUGGUAGGGUUGGUAAACACUCUAGUUAUACAGUGCGUACAGAAGACACACCACAGAAUGCUAAUGGUCUGGUAUACGAAGUGAGACAUCUAGUAGAACAUCAAUCUUAUGAGUUUUGGGUUUCCGCAACCACCAGUGUCGGGGAAGGAGAACCUACUUCGAUAGCUACGCAGAUUACUAAUAGUAAAGCACCUUCAAGGAUUGCUUCCUUCAGUCAGGUGUUAUACAGGGCUGUGAAGUCAAAAGUUUUAUUGCCAUGUCUUGCGGUUGGGAAUCCUACACCUAGGACCAGGUGGAUCCAUCGUGAUAGACCAGUUACUUUUAGUCCUUUUUACAAGGUCACAUCGGAAGGACAUUUGAGUAUUCAUAGUGCGGAUCAAUCCCUAGCUGGGAAUUACACCUGCUCCGCCAAGAAUCUUUUCGGAGAAGAUAACAUAACCUAUUCCUUGUUUGUGAUCAUGUCACCCAGUGCUCCAACCCUCGAGGUCCAAUUCUCUACUGCCAAAAGCAUUCGCCUAAGAUGGACGCAACCCGAAAACGGCGGAGCUGUUAUACAAG